AUGGAUCCCUUGUUGUCUUCUUUGUCCACUAUAUUUAAGAGAUAUGGAGACCCUGGUAAGGAAAGAGCGUCCAUUUGGAUGAAGAUUGCCACUGGGUCAUGGGCGGUAGAAAGUGGACCCUUCCCGAGCGCCCAUCACUCAAGCGGUGCAUCUGUCGAUUCCGCGCGACGACAUAAACAAACAAAUGACGACUGGAUGUGGUCGGGAGCAGGAAAGGUCCGCCUCAUCACUCUCGACCUUGCCCUCCAACCACACUCCAAAUGUGAGCUCCAACAAGCCAUCGAAAACGCACCGAGAAUCGUGACCGACCGAGAAGAAGCUACUGCAGCGCUCUCGCAGUCCCUAGUUGCGAAAAAGGUUGCCGACUUUAAUGCCCACGAUAGGUGCUAUGAUGAAGUCUUUGCUUUAGAGCAUGCCAAAAAGAUUGGAGUGAACGUACCUUCUGUCUACCGAAUCGUCAAGGGUACCGAUAGUUUGUACUAUAUCAUCAUGGAGCGGAUACAGGGCAAGACACUGGAGCAACUAUGGUCCAGUAUCGGCUGGUUCAGAACGCUACUUUAUUCGUGGCAGCUCCGGAAAAUUGUGAAACGUAUGCGAGAAAGCGUUUCCGUGCGUGGUGGAGGAUUAGCAUCUGGUCGAUAUUUCUCUCCUCACCUAGAAGGAAUGAACCCUCUUGUUCGACACAUCUCCCCCACUCACCUCGCCGAGCAUCUAAACUGGUGGCUCGUCAGCUGUCGCCCGACCACCCUCACACCCCGUCACGACCUGGUUUUACGACCUUUAGAACACCAUGUGUUCACGCAUCAAGACCUCGCGCCCAGGAAUAUCAUAGUAGAUCCACAAAAUCGACUCUGGAUAGUGGACUGGGGAUACGCGGGGUAUUUCCCCAUAUAUGUCGAGUACACAGGAAUGCACCACCAUGCCAUGGAUUGGGUCAAUGGUCCAUCCUUCAAGGCCCGACUUGCCCGAUGGCGAUGGUUCUUCUUGAGAUGGAUCGUGGCCGGUUCCUAUUCUACAGAGGCUCGCGCCAUGUUCGAAAUAUCUCGACGUUCUACCCGGUUCAAAGCGGGAAGCAAGCCUCCACAUACGGAUCGGGCACUAGAGAGAUCUGUAGUUCCCGUCGACUCCAGAUGGGAGCUUGGGUUCCAGGACUAG